AAAGACACCACUCUUGACACCAAUGACACACCAUUUCAGAAUAAAGUCUCGGAAGCGCUCCGAGCGUUGGAAGAGUCAACACGUCUGGUGAACGAGUUGUCACUCUUUAGCGCCAAUGAGUCGGUCGAAGAGAUCGCCACCAAAAACAUGAAAUACCUGUUACUGCCGGCACUGUUGGCCGAUCUGACACUCAUGUCACGGAUCAGUCAUCGCCAGGAAGUGCUGAAUAUCGCCGAAAUAUAUUUCAAUGAUUUUAUUCAACGACUUAAUGAUUACCAAAUCUGUGACAUUGAAGUCAAGCGCACCGAUAGCUCAUCCGAUGAUCAAAAGCCGAGCGGACCGUCGGUUCCGUCACUCGAUUCGGCGGUUUUUAACCGAAACGACAAAAUCAGACGAUUUAGAGAAGGAAAAGAAAUGGACAGUCGUUUGGAUCAAUUGAGAAAACAGAUGUCACAGACAGACGAUGACGCCGACGACGAAGUGCUUAGAGAUUAUUUCUUAACACUUCUUAAGCGUUGGAUUAACCACUCAUUGGAAGAGUUGAACGCAAUUGAAACCGAAAAACCAAUUUUGGAGUAUAUGAAGCAAAUGAAGGCCUCAAACGGCGACAAUAAAAGUGCCAGAAUUGGUCCUAAAGCGAAGGCAUCGGCUAAACUCAAACCAAUUAUCAUCACCAGAAAUGAGAUGCAGAAGAAGGUCUAUGGUUUGGGUUAUCCCAGUCUUCCAAUUCUUAGUGUCGACGAUUUUAUUAGCCAGAAGGUAGAGGAGGGAAGUCUCGCCAUUACUAACUCCCAAAUAUAUGAUAAUAGUCUUUUGAAUCGAGCCGUAAAUCCGGAUAAAAUACGUUUAGAAGACGAGGCGGAAGAGGAAAGGAAGGAGCGUUUGGUGGAGAGAGACGACGAACAGAGUCUGAGGAGAGCCCGAGAAAUGGAUGAUUGGAAAGACGUUGACUUUCCUAUAGAAGAGAGCGAGGAAUGCAUUACACCGGACGGCAAGACAGGUAUUUGUGAGCUAUUAGUUCGUUGCGAUCAACUCUUGUCGUCGAGGAAUAUAAAGAUUUUGCGGCAAUCGAUCUGCGGAUACGACGACGAAGUGCCCAAAGUUUGCUGUCCUUUAACGAUGAAAACAAUUCAAAGCACUACUACUAAAGUGAUUGUGAAAACCACUGCUAAACCGGUAACUAAACGACCCAAACGGCCGAAAGCUAUUAGAACCUCUUCGAGACCGACAAAUGAUAGGCCAAACAAAUCCAAUCCUAAUUUAAAACCAUCAAAAUUACCAGAAUUCAAAUUGUCUCAACUCUUCGACAAAGGAUUUGAUUUGAAUCGAGAGCUCAAAGACACCACUCUUGACACCAAUGACACACCAUUUCAGGUAUUAUUGACACAAUUGUCGCCGAAGACCACCAAAUGA